AUGACCAGCUCACUCUAUGUCUCCCGUGCUCUCCUCCAGCAGUCAGGGUUCGUGGAGAGUGGUGUGACGAAGGCCCAAACCGAUCCAAAAGUUGUUGAAGAAAUGGCACUGGAAGGCGUAGUAACACAUUCGGAGUACUUCGACCUCAACGCAUUCGGCCCCUCCCCCGAGCGUAUACCGGUCACCAUGGUGACCUUCCAGGAUGAGGGCGGACAGUUGGGCGUGGCCAUGGACAGGUCGUUGGGUGGGUCCAUGAGUAGCGUGGCAACAGUGAUGGCCCCGUUGUCUCCAGGGUUACGGCGUAAGAAACUGCUGUGGCAGAGUGCGGUCAAAAACAUCAUAAGCCAGCAACACCUCAGUGAACAGGUUGGUGUGGAGCCUGCGCGCCGCAUGUAUGUUACUGAUGAGUUUAUCGAUGAGAUCAACCAGCAGAUCCGUGCCAAGGCGUCACGUGGGGCAACCAAACGCCGCUCCUCCUCUGCCGCACGUGUCCAGCCUGGUCACCCUGGCAACAACAUGCGCCACUAUUCCACUGGUCACCAUGGCUGCGAUGCAGACUUCUUCCUGAGAUGGGGGCACGCCCGGCGGGGGUUGUACCUCCCCACACUACUCCACACCUUCCGAUCGCGACCCCUCGAGAAACUUUACCAGCAACACUCUGCACACCAGCGUCGUUCCUCGCUCCUGAUUGCCUGCCUGAUAGAUGCUGCCGCCAAAGUACCGCUGCUGCUGCUCUACCGUCUCCUGAUACCAGGGGGCAGGGACGAUGUCGAGGUGUUGCGUACAGGAUUCACAGCUGCCUUCAUGGUGCUAGCGGCGACGCUAGUUAUGUUAAUGCUAAUCUGCAAGGAGGCAGACACGCCAAGAUGGCUACACUAUGCAGGGCUGGUUACCUGGCUAUCACAGACCGCACAGGUGCUUGGCGGACUGACGUUGGGUAUGGAAGGCGACUCCUCCUGGUACGUGAUGUUCAGCCUGUUCUGCACCUACACCAUGUUGCCCCUUCCCCUCAUCUGGGCCAUCACCGCGGGAAGCAUCACCUCAACGCUACACCUCAUGGUGGUCAUGCUCGGACACAUCACGGAGCCACACAUCUUCACUACGCUCCUAGCUAAGGCUCUGCUGUACGUCAGUAUGAAUACGGCUGGUCUCUUCAUCCACUACCUGACGGACCGCGCUCAGAGACAAGCGUUCCUCGAGACACGACGCUGCAUAGAGGGGCGCAUGAAACUAGAACAAGAAAACCAGAGACAGGAGCGCCUGGUGUUGUCUAUCCUGCCUCGCUUUGUUGCCUUGGAGAUGAUGGCUGACAUGACAGCUAUGGAUGACGAGCUGACGCCACAGGAGUUCCACAAGAUAUACAUCCACAAAUACACCAACGUCAGUAUCUUGUUUGCAGACAUUAAAGGCUUUACCCAGCUGUCCAUGAACAUGUCGGCACAGGAGUUGGUGCGGACGCUGAAUGAACUCUUUGGACGCUUCGACAGACUAGCAGAGGAGCACCACUGUAUGCGUAUUAAGAUCCUGGGUGAUUGUUACUACUGCGUCUCGGGCGUUCCAGAACCCCAACGUGCACAUGCUCGCUGUUGCGUAGAGAUGGGCCUGGCUAUGAUCAACACGAUACGCUCCGUCCGGGAGACAGUGAAGCGUGAUAUGGACAUGCGUAUCGGCGUCCACUCUGGAUCGGUCCUCUGUGGCGUUCUGGGCCUGCAGAAGUGGCAGUUUGACGUGUGGAGUUGGGACGUUGGCAUCGCCAACAUGCUGGAAGCCGGCGGCAUACCCGGGCGUAUCCACAUCUCACGGGCGACGCUGGACUGCCUGGAGGGUUCCUAUGAGACGGAGGAGGGGCGUGGCCACGAGCGUAACGAGUUCCUGAAGAAGCAUCAGAUCGACACUUACCUCAUCUGCCCCAAGAGGCAGCCAGAAAACAAGGCUCUCCCCAAGCCACCCUCGACCUGCUGCAUCACCAAGGACUUUGGAACCGACUUUGGGAGCAUCAUUGACGUCAACAAUAUCUUAGCGUCGUUCACCAACGGCUCUAUGGCGCACAUGCCCAGUGCGCAGCACACUGCAUCGCGGGAGAUUAACAAGCGCAUUGAGCACGCCAUUGAGGUCCGCAGCUCGGAACUGAUGAAACAGAAGCACAUCACACCCCUUACUAUGGUGUUCAAGGACACACACCUGGAGGAUAUGUUCUCCUUGAUGCGAGAUGAGAUGUUCAAUACCUACAUGCUGUGCUCCUUCAUCAUGCUCCUGCUCCUUAUGGCUGUGCAGGCUCUCAUCCCCGCCCCCAGGUUGGUGCCUACGGUGGUGCAGUUUGGAGCGUUCCUGCUGCUGCACGUGCUGCUGCUGCUGGUGACUCUGGCUGAGGAGAUGAAGAGAUGCCCUCCCCAGAUACAGCAGCUGUGCACCGUGGUGCUGGAGAGCACACGGCUACGCAACACCUUCACCCUGGCAGCCAUCGCUCUCAACGCAUGCAUGGUCACCACAGACAUGGUGUGGUGUCACUUCCGGGGAGUGCCGUUUGCCAAUAGGAGCAGCGAACAGCAGUCACCUGACCUGCCACCCACUCAGAGCUACCCCAGCCUCUGCACACACCCAGAGUUCUUCGUCCUGAGUGGGGUGGUUUCCAUGGUUACCUGUGCGGUGUUCCUGCGUCUGAGUUCUCUUCUGAAACUGCUGGUGUUGCUGCUACUGCUGCUCGUACACUCCAUAUUCAUAGACAUGGCCUACAACACACUCACCGACCAACCCAGGGCCCACUACCUGAGGAGGAAGGGAGUGUCGAUCCUGCUGCUGGCCAUGUUUGUGGUGGCGGUCUUCUACAAUGGUAGACAGUGGGAGGCGACGGCACGUCUGGACUUCCUUUGGCGUCUGCAGGCUCAGCAGGAAGUCGAAGACAUGAGGGAGCUGCGGGAACACAACGAGAGCCUACUGUACAACAUUCUGCCUACACACGUAGCACGCCACUUCCUAGAACGCAGCAAGAACAACGAGGAGCUGUACUCCCAGUCGUACGAUGAAGUUGGGGUGAUGUUUGCGUCGAUGGCUGGUUUUGACGAUUACUACGAGCAGCGGGAGGCGAGGCAGGAGGGAGUGGAGUGUCUACGACUCCUCAACGAAAUCAUCGCAGGAUUCGACGAGCUGCUGGAGGAGUCCUACUUUCUGGAUAUUGAGAAGAUCAAGACCAUCGGCAGCUGCUACAUGGCGGCUUCUGGCCUGUCCCCCGACACCACGUGUUCGGGGGAGUGGCAUCACCUAGGUGAGCUGGUCCUGUUCGCUUUGGCCAUGCAGGAGACACUGAAGGACCUAAACAGAAGAUCACACAACAACUUCCAGCUACGUAUAGGUAUAGCGCAUGGUCCAGUGGUUGCGGGUGUGAUUGGUGCUAGUAAGCCUCAGUACGAUAUCUGGGGCCUUACUGUCAAUCUGGCUAGCCGCAUGGAGAGCAGUGGAGUUAGUGGACGCAUCCAGGUUCCCGAGACAACGCGUGCCAUCCUUGCCAACUGGGGAUUCUCUCUGGAGCUGCGAGGGGAGAUCUACAUCAAGGGGGUGAGUGAGCAUCGAGGCCGAGUACGGACAUACUUCAUCAGCACGGGUCGGCAGCGGAGAGGAGGUGGUCGCGGUGGAGGAGGAGGUGGUAGAGGAGGAGGAGGUGGAGGAGGGAAGGAGAUGCAGGGCCAGAAAAGUGGACGGACUACGCUAGCGGAGCUGGUCUUUGGAAUGGUCCAGAACAUCCAGAAGGAGAAGCUGAGAGCAGUCAACGGAGGGUUCAACUUGGCGCAGUGCUAA